CUCCCUCCCUCAUGCAUCUUGUCGCGGCGCCACGUUCAGGUGUACCGUGGAUGACAGGGUGACGCGGGUGGCGUGGUUGAACCGCAGCACCAUCCUGUACGCCGGCAAUGACAAGUGGUCUAUAGACAACCGCGUGGUCAUCCUCUCCAACACCAAGACCCAGUACAGCAUCAAGAUCCACAACGUGGAUGUGUACGAUGAGGGCCCCUACACCUGCUCGGUGCAGACAGACAAUCACCCCAAGACUUCGCGCGUCCAUCUCAUCGUGCAAGUUCCCCCCCAGAUCGUCAACAUCUCGUCGGACAUCACAGUGAACGAGGGCAGCAGCGUCACCCUCAUGUGCCUGGCGUUCGGGAGGCCGGAGCCCACCGUCACGUGGCGGCACCUCUCCGGGAAAGGGCAGGGCUUUGUGAGCGAGGACGAGUACCUGGAGAUCACGGGCAUCACGCGGGAGCAGUCCGGGGAGUACGAGUGCAGCGCCGUCAACGACGUGGCCGUCCCGGACGUGCGGAAAGUCAAAGUCACCGUCAACUAUCCGCCGUACAUCUCCAACGCCAAGAACACGGGCGCCUCGGUGGGCCAGAAGGGCAUCCUGCAGUGCGAGGCCUCGGCCGUCCCCGUGGCGGAGUUUCAGUGGUUCAAGGAGGACACCAGGUUAGCGAACGGGCUGGAGGGCGUGCGGAUCGAGAGCAAGGGCCGCCUGUCGACGCUGACCUUCUUCAACGUCUCGGAGAAGGACUACGGCAACUACACGUGCGUGGCCACCAACAAGCUGGGCAACACCAAUGCCAGCAUCAUCCUGUACG